GGGAGUUGUGAUCUUUUUGGCUCUCCGAUUGGACAGACUCGUUGCUGAUAAUGACGCAGUACACAUGUCCCCUGACAUGUAGACCUAUCAAAUACAGAAAUAGAAAUCGCUGUAGGUGGUGGCAGCUAGAGAAAAUUUCCACUUGCCUACAUCCGUGUAGACAACAGUAACUGUUACAGGUGCUUUGAAAUAGUUGUUAAUGUUAUUUACGUUCUAAAUGUACCAGAUUAAUCAGCAGGGAAUCUUCUUGUGUCAGUCCAAACCGUAUCUUUUGUUAUAAUUUUAAACCUAAACAGCUCGUCCCAUCCAUCCAUCCAUCUCAAAUUGUAACGUCAGGCUAUCAAGAAUUUAAGAAAAAGGAUGGACUUCCUUGCUGGGUGCAUAGGAGGUAAGUGAGAAGUGCUGCUGGAGUCGUGGUAGGACAUCCAUUUGAUACCGUGAAGGUCAGACUUCAGGUCCAGAGUGUGGAGAAGCCGCUUUACAGAGGGACCUUCCACUGCUUCCAGUCCAUCGUACGGCAGGAGUCGAUGCUGGGGCUGUACAAAGGUGUCGGCUCACCCAUGAUGGGCCUGACAUUCAUCAACGCGAUCGUGUUCGGCGUCCAGGGCAACACCAUGCGCUUCCUGGGUCGGGACACCCCGUUGAACCAGUUCCUGGCAGGGGCGGCCGCAGGGGCCAUCCAAUGUGUGAUCUGCUGCCCCAUGGAGCUGGCCAAGACGCGCAUGCAGAUGCAGGGCACGGGCGAGAAGAAGAAGUCGGCGCGGAAGCUCUACAAGAACUCGCUGGACUGCCUGGCGCGCAUCUACAAGCGUGAGGGUGUGAGGGGCGUCAACCGCGGCAUGGUGACCACGCUGGUGCGUGAGACGCCCGGCUUUGGCGUGUAUUUCCUGGCAUACGACGUGCUGACCCGCAGGAUCGGCUGCGAACCCGACGACCCCUACAUGAUCCCGAAGCUGCUGUUCGCCGGUGGCAUGUCGGGCAUCGCUUCCUGGAUCUCCACGUAUCCGGUGGACGUGAUCAAGUCACGUCUGCAGGCGGACGGCCUGGGGGGAGUGUAUCGCUACAGCAGCAUCAUGGACUGCGUACGGCAGAGUGUGGCCAACGAGGGCUGGAUGGUGUUCACGCGCGGACUCACCUCCACGCUGCUCCGAGCGUUCCCCGUCAACGCCACCACCUUUGCCACCGUCACACUCGUGCUGAUGUAUGCACGUGGCGAGACCGGCCAGGGCAGUGACUGUGAGUCUGCCCCGGUGGCAACGCAACACAGCAACUCUCUGCAAACCCAACCCAGCAGCCUGUGAACCCUACAGACCUGGUGGCACACACUCACACACACACACACACACACACUCAUUGCAGACUUGAUCAGCGUUCAAAACAUACAUAUUCUGUAUAUAAGACCUAAUAUGCAACUAAACCUACAGUAUUUAUGUUUUCAUUCUUUUACAAUAUGCCUUAAGAAGAGAAAAAUAAGUUUAAGGAUAUAUGGUAAAGAAAGAAGUACUGACAUGUACAUGAAAAUGUAACAGCUUUUUUUUCUGGGGAAAAAAAUGACGGUUUAGCAAAAAAGGAGAUAAGAGGUUGAAUCUGAGCUGUGAUCCUGAGUGACCAGCCACUCUUCUCCUCCUUCUCCUCCUUUUCUUCCUCCUCUUCGCCUUCUCUGAAGUCCUUCUCUGCUGAUGACCUUGCCUUUUUUACGACGCAAACACACCAGACAUGGCAGAAUCUUGUAGCAUGAGAAACUCAUAUUUUAUAUGUAUGCAGAGUAAGAAACUGUCCAGUAGAAUUUUAUUUUCUUGAUGAUAUACUGUAUGUAUGCGAUAUAUUUAUGUGUGAUGUUUCCUUUUAUUUCUGCUAUCAGAACCAAAACUACCUCCUGCAAGGAAAUCACAUGGAAUCCUAGUGUUCCUUUGGAGGACACACUGUUAUAAGAAAAGCUUGUGAUUUAUCACAAAAAAAGAGGUCAUUUGGGGUUUUUCUUCAGAUGACCUAUGUCUGUGCUUCAAUUUUACUAAAUACACUUUAUAAGAAAAACCUUAGCCCCACAGCUAAGUGGACGAGUGUUGAUGUUAAACAUUGAUAUGAGCCAGAGGUUAAAGAUGCUCUAAGCGAUAUUACGCAGUUUCUAAGCUCAAACAUGUCCUAACCACCCGCUAACUGCCUGUCCCCUAAAUACACGGCAAAAACAUGGUUACUGUGGACAGCCCAGGCUCCAAAAACGGCAACAAAAAACAAGAAUGGUCCAGCGUGGACCAUGAAACAUAACAAACUGUUCCAGCCAAUCACAGACGAGAUGUGUGCUCAGGAGAGUUUCAGUUGCACGGGAGGGAGGGACGAGCUAGCUCUCUUUUGUUUGAACGUCAACAGAAGUGACAUUACCCAACAUUGCUUAGAGCACCUUUAACAAUGUUUAUGUAUAUAAUAUGUCCGGGGUUCGCGCCCUUUUGUCCUUAUGGUAUGUAUGGAGAAAACACGCGUUACCUCUGUGUCCCAGUCUGGUACUGUAAAUGUAUUGCUCCUUUGAUGUUGUUCUUGCGUGUGUCUUUGUUUUAUAUGAUGCUAGUUGAGCGAGACGAUCCUUGCAUUGUCUGAUUAAAAAUACUGGCCUCUAACUGAGGUGCAUAGGAGCACUUAAGGAAUUUCUCUUGGGACGUUUCCACAAACAGAGAACAGACACUCUGGUUCAUGCUCCAGAUGUUUGGAACAUUUUGAUAAAAAAUGAAUCACUUCAGAACCUGAAAAGUUGGUUCGGAGCUAGAAACAAACACCAUUAUACCCUCUGUUAGUGAGGAUGUAUCAAAAAUGGUGGAAAUGUGGGCUGGUUCACUAGCACCAAGCAAGGUUUGAAGAAUUCUGAAAACAACCAAUUCAGGAAAAAGUUCUCUGUUGAUGGAAAAAGACCCCACCUAUACUGUAGGUUAGAACCACUGGUUGGCCCAAGUACCAGCCUUGACAGGUUGUAAUUGGUCAGAAAGCACUGGAUUUUGUUUUUUUAUUAUAAUUGUUUAUAGGUCCACUGUCCCUUGCGGUCAACUGAUCAUAUACUGAUUCACUUGGAUGAGUUUUAGAUUUGCAGACUUUGAUCCAUGUUACCUACUGUAUGGAGUCCCACAGAGCUGUUGUACUGUAUGUUGGUUGGUUGGGUUCGCCCCACCGCUGUAAAUAUGCUGCAAAUGCUGCAAUUUCAUGAGCCUUUGGAAAGGUCCAAAGACAGAUGAAUCAGGCUGAUGAGAGAGGACUUAUGAAUGUAAAAUGGAGAGAGAAUCUAAACUGGAGGAGUUUAGAAUGGCCAAAAUACCUGGAUUAAAAAGAUACACAGGUGACGCUGCUAAACGAUGACGAUGAUGGUGAUGAUGGUGAUGAAGACGAGGAUAAUGCUGCUACUACUGAUGAUCAGAUGUCAGGUUGUCUUGGUCAUGAAUAAAGUAAAAUGGUUAAAAUGGGAACGAAACACAUGAUAGUAAGGAGAGGCAAUACAUAGUUUAUGUGUUUAUUUCUUCUAGAUUUCUUUUAAAGAGAAUGUAAAUAUUUUAUUUGAAGAAGUUGUUAAUAUAUUCCUCUCUGUUGCAUUUUGCUUUUCGGUUUUAAAAUAACCACUGUUGUUCUGGAUGUCACUGAAGAGUAUAUGUAAGCACAUGUAGAGAGAACUCAAGCAGACUAUUUUUGUAAAAUGUAAUUAACUGGUUGUGUACAGUAUAGUUUGGAUGCUCCUGUUGCUGAACCAAAUUGUUUCGCCCAACUGAGGUUGCAUACAGUUUGAAAUAAAAAAUAAAUAACUUUAGCCUUU